AAACCACGUUAGGCUUCUAUAACUAGGUAUUUACCUCGACUCAAUGAGCUUCAUAAAGAGCUUCAAAGACCACUUCUGUACUUCACUGGCGGCGAGGCCACAAAGCCUCCGUGACUCAUCAUCUUCACCACCGCUGACCGCUCCUCGCGCGCGCACACAAACACACAAGCAUUUUUACUGUUAUGCCAGUUUCCGCUUCUGAUUCGAGCUACGUCCAUGGCUUCUGAUACGGGAAAUGAAUCUACAAACGGUUCCUCGAGCCCAAAAGAAGCAGAGAGGCCUCCAAUUGAGCCCAUAAGAUUGCCCACGGUCGAGGAAAUACGCGGCCAAGAUAUUUGGAACAAUUGCGCUAUGCGCAGUGUCGUCAGCGGAGUCAUGGGAGGUGGCCUUGGGCUGUUCAUGGGUUUGUUUCUAGGGGCAUUGGACAACCCUUUGAUGCAAGAGGAAAUGACUGGUAAGCAGCAGUUCAUUUAUCAAGCAAAGCAGAUGGGGCGGAGGAGCUGGAGUUCCUGCAAAGCAUUUGCAGUCAUGGGCUUGGUUUUUUCAGCAGCUGAAUGUGUUGUUGAGAAGGCACGGGCAAAACAUGAUAUGACAAAUACAGUUGUCGCUGGGUGUGUAACUGGAGGUGCAAUAUCAGCAAAAGGUGGUCCAAAAGCAGCGUGUGCUGGUUGUGCUGGUUUUGCAGCAUUUUCAGUCGUGAUAGAGAAGUUUCUGGAUAGACAUAAUUGAUUUAGUGUGCUGUGCCUGCUCCAAUUUUGCAAGCAUUAGUUACUAAGAGAAGAGAUAGCUCCUUCACAAUUUCCCGAUAUCUUAUUUUGAUCCUCAUUUGAUUAGAAAUUGUCCCGUUGAUGAGAGAAAUGCUUUAGCAAAGAUUCAAUUUUUAUGAUUUUGUACUAUUUCUGUGUUCGUUUCAUGAUAGUUACAUUUGCGGAUGUAUUCUUCAGUCUGAUGAAAGUUUAGUGAGUUUGCGGAUG